AUGAAUACCGAUAUGAUCAAUCGUGUUCCGCUCUAUCAACGAACUUCGGAGCCAGUUUGGAGUCGUAGCGGAUAUGAUUUUAAUCGUUCACCUCCACCAUUACAAGGUGCUAUCGUACCACCAUAUUCCACCGCUGUUAUUCAUUCUGCUGCUAAACCACCUACUGAAUCUGAUAUUUACAGAGUUGGCGUUUAUGGUUGGCGAAAGCGAUGUUUGUAUUGUUUCAUCUGCGCGCUUACUGUUGCCGUCAUAUUGAAUUUAGCACUAACUGUAUGGAUUAUGUCUGUUCUCGAUAUUUCCACGACCGGAAUGGGUACAAUGAGAAUUGAAGAUGAUAGGAUUCGAAUAAUGGGUGAAGCGCAGUUUGAUCGUCCUGUUCAUUUUGCAGAGCUUUCUACGACAGAUAAUGAAGCGUUAACAAUCGAUUCGUACCGCGGUGUCUUUAUAAAAGCUCGAAAUAUGUCGGGAUAUCAAACUGCAAUGUUCAAUAUACUUCAAGAUGGGCGUAUGGAGGCAGUAUGUGAUCGUUUUGAAAUUUAUGACAAUUCCAGAAAAUUGCUAUUUUUUGCUGAAUCAAACGAAAUUGGCCUUAAACUUGAAAAUCUUCGAAUACUUGAUGAUGGCGGAAGUGUUUUCGAAGGAGCCAUACAAACAGCACUCAUUCGUCCGGAAUCUGAUAGUCCACUAAGCUUGGAAUCACCAACUAGAAAUCUAAAUCUAGAAGCAGGUCAAGAUAUUGAAAUUACCAGUGCAGCUGGUGAAAUUCAACUGUCAUCACUUCUUGACAUUACCAUAAAUUCCAAACAGGGUGAAGUUCGUCUCGAAUCAAGGAGUAUAGUGAUGUCUGGAUUACCGAAAAGUGAUGCUCGAGGGAAUGCCCAAUAUCAAUUAUGCGUAUGCCAAAAUGGACUAUUAUUUAUGGCGGUGGUUGGAGCCGACUGUCGAGCAGAUCGAGGCAUUUGUAGUUGA